AUGACAAAUAAGGAAGGCAUAGAUUCUAGUGCUGUACAGUCUCCAGGACCUAUGAGAUUCAGUAAAUAUAGAGCCUCGCAAGAUCCUUUAAAAGUGAAAAAAAAUUCAAGGCAGUCCAAAGUGAAGUUUCUUGCCGCAGAAGAAGUCGCGACGCUAACCUCUGGCACUCCAACAACAAAAUAUAUUGGACGGAUUAAUCUGCGUUGUAACAGGAGUCAAGCUCUAACUAAACCUGCCAAUUCCAAGUGUCUCCCCACAACAGAAAAUGCAAAUUCUUCCUCUCUUGCUCCACCAACAGAGUCAGUUCAUGUAGCAGAUAGUGAGGAGUUGCAUUUGACUUCUAAAAUUAAAAAAACCCAGAGUACAACUAAGAAAGGAGAUGGCCCUGGAAGUAAUUUAGCUCUUGCUGUCAAUGCUGCAUCAAGUUCCAACUUGGCUUUGUCUCGCAAAAAGGACUUUGGGGUUUCCUCAAAACAUAUAAAACAAAAGCAUACAAGUGAUGGUAGGUCAAAGCAGAAGGUGAAUUCAGGAUCCACUCAGGGAGAAGCAGCGAUACAAAUUGGAUGGGGUAAUCUGGGUUCUAAGAGGAGUCGAGCUCUGACAAAGUCUGCCCGUUCCAAGUGUCUCCAGACAACAGAAAAUGCAAAUUCUUCCUCUCCUGCUCCACCUGAACGGGCAGCUCAUGUAGCAGAUAGUGAGAAGUUUCCUUUGACUUCUAAAAUUAAAGACACCCAAAGUACAACUGAGGAAGGAGAUGGCCUUGGAAGUAAUUUAGCUCUUGCUGUCAAUGCUUCAUCAAGUUCCAACUUGGUUUUGCCUCAAAAAAAGAUUAGAGUUUGUAACUCUGACUUUGAGGUUUCCUCAAAAGAUAUAAAACAAAAGAAUACAAGUGAUAGUAGGUCUAAGCAGAAGGUGAAUUCGGGAUCCACUCAGGGAGAAGCAGCUAUUGUGCCAGGUAAAGAAACUGUGUGCCUGAAAGGUCGUUUUUCCUCCACUACUCUACUCAACAAACUAAACUCUGGCACUCAAAUAGCAAAACAGAUUAGACGGGGUAAUCUGGGUUCUAAGAGGAGUCAAGCUCUAACAAAGCCUGCUAGUUCCAAGUGUCUCCAGCCAACAGAAAAUGUAAAUUCGUCGUCUCCUGCUCCACCAAAACAGGCAGUUCACGUAAAAGGUAGUAAGAAGUUCCAUUUGACUUCUAAACUACAGUCUUUAAAAAAAACCCGGAGAGCAACUAAGAAAGGAGAUUGCCCUGGAAAUAAUUCAGCUCUUGCUGUGAAAGCUGCAUCUCGUUCGAAAUUGGUUUUGCCUCGAAAAAAAAAGAAAGUCAGUAACCCUGACUAUGGCAUUUCCCUAAAAGAUUUAGAACAAAUGCAUACAAGUGAUGGUUGGUCUAAGCAGGAAGCGAAUUCGGGAUCCACUCAAGCAAAAGGGAAAGAACCUGUGUUCCUAAAAGGUCCUUUUUCCUUGGGUACUCUUCUGGCCCUGCAGAAAUUCAAUGCAACAAAUGCGGGUGAAGACCUGGUACAUAAAUCUGGACCUUCAGAACCCAGUAGUCCUCCGUUGAUCCACUCUUCAGGCGCUGUUCUCAACAAUCUUGAGAGUCAAGAGAAAUUUUCACAAAAGAUUUUAUAUGAUCAACUUAACUUUGGUGCUGAUAUCAGGAGUUAUGAGAGUCAAGAAAAAUCUUCACCCAAAAUUGUAUUUGAUCAACUUAACUUGGACGUGGCUCUUAACAAUUCUAAGAGUUAUAAAAAAUCUUCACCAAAUAUUGUAUCUGAUCAGCUUAACUUUGGUAUUGAUUUUAGUAGUCCUGGGAGUCGAGAAAGAUCUUCACUAAAAAUUGUAUCUAAUUCUAGUGCUCCUACUUUGGAAAAAAUAUGGAAGGGUUUCUUUGAGAUCCUUGAUAUAGAUACGCUUCAGGGCAUCACCGAAGAAAUCAGAUUCUGUGAAGGUUUUUCUGCUCAUCCUGCAGCAACUGCGAACCCUAAAGCUUAUGAGUUCACAAAACAGAUCGCUGGUCUCAUGCAGUUCAAACUGUAUCCUCGCAGUGAUGUAUGGCAUGAGAUUUUCAAAACCGAUAUUGCUGAUCCCAAUAAUAUAGCUUUGUAUUUCUACCCCGCAGGCAUUAAGAGCUCCAAGAGGAAGUAUUCCACCCUUUUAAAGUACAUGGUGAAGAAUGAUACGGUGAUGAAGAGUCGCAUGGGAUCUGUGGAGUUGAUGGUUUUAACAUCUAAACUGUUGCCUAGUGAUUUUCAGAGUGAGAAACCUGUUCUUGCUGUUUUGCAUAUCUAA